GCAUUCGAAGCGCGUAUGAGUUACCCUGUUCGAAACCAAACUUACGUAACCUCCUCUGGUCGGCGCUUCGCCGGCCUUCGGUCUAACAUUUGCUUUCCUGUAGUGUGUAAAUGUUCUCACCGGGUCAGAGGGAGCGGCCCUCCCUGGAACUUAAGUGUGACUGUUUGGUUUCAGGCACACGAAGCCUCCCAUCACCAACAGCAGGCAGCGCAGAACAGCUUGUUGCCUCUCCUGAGCUCUGCUGUAGAGCCACCCGAUCAGAAGCCGAUUCUGCCCUUACCGAUAACGCAGAAACCUCAGCCCGCACCAGAAACAUUAAAGGAUGCUAUUGUUGGGAUUAAAAAGGAAAAACCUAAAACCUCCUUUGUGUGCACUUACUGCAGCAAGGCUUUCAGGGACAGCUACCAUUUGAGGCGCCACGAGUCCUGCCACACGGGGAUAAAAUUGGUGUCACGGCCAAAGAAAACUCCCACCACAAUGGUGCCCCUUAUCUCCACCAUCGCCGGUGACAACAGCCGAAGCUCCUUGGUGUCCACCAUCGCGGGCAUCCUGUCCACGGUCACUACGUCUUCCUCCGCCACCAACCCCAGCAGCAGCGCCGGUGCCACGGCCAUGGCAGUGACGCAGACGGUGAAGAAGCCCAGCAAACCCGUCAAGAAGAACCACGCCUGCGAGAUGUGCGGGAAGGCCUUCAGGGACGUGUACCACCUCAACCGGCACAAGCUGUCCCACUCGGAUGAAAAACCCUUCGAAUGUCCGAUUUGCAAUCAGCGCUUCAAGAGAAAGGAUCGCAUGACCUACCACGUGAGGUCUCACGAGGGUGGCAUCACGAAACCGUACACCUGUGGUGUUUGUGGAAAAGGCUUCUCGAGGCCUGAUCAUUUAAGCUGUCACGUUAAACAUGUUCACUCAACAGAGAGACCCUUCAAAUGCCAAACGUGCACUGCUGCCUUUGCCACCAAAGACAGACUGCGGACACACAUGGUGCGCCAUGAAGGAAAGGUAUCGUGUAAUAUCUGUGGUAAACUUCUGAGUGCAGCAUAUAUCACCAGCCACUUAAAGACACACGGGCAGAGCCAAAGUAUCAACUGUAAUACCUGUAAACAAGGCAUCAAUAAAACAUGCAUGAGUGAAGAGACCAGCAAUCAGAAGCAGCAGCAGCAGCAGCAACAGCAGCAGCAGCAGCAACAACAACAACAACAACAGCAACAGCAGCAGCAGCAACAGCAACAACAGCAGCAGCAACAGCAGCAGCAGCAGCAUGUAACAAGUUGGCCUGGAAAGCAGGUAGAGACCUUGAGAUUGUGGGAAGAGGCCGUCAAAGCAAGGAAGAAAGAAUGUCAGUUCACCUUUGAGAAGGCUAUAGAGUACGUACCAUUCGAAGCUGCUAACUUGUGCCAAACCUCCACUGCUGCUACUACGCCUGUGACUCUUACUACUCCAUUCAAUAUAACGUCCUCUGUGGCUUCUGGGACUAUCACAAACCCAGUCACAGUGGCAGCUGCAAUGAGCAUGAGAAGUCCAGUAAAUGUAUCAAGUGCAGUUAAUAUAUCCAGUCCGAUGAACCUAGGGCAUCCUGUAACUAUAACAAGUCCAUUAUCCAUGACAUCUCCAUUAACGCUCACCACACCAGUCAAUCUUCCCACCCCAGUAACCGCUCCAGUGAAUAUAGCGCACCCAGUCACUAUCACGUCUCCCAUGAACCUCCCCACACCGAUGACGUUAGCUGGUCCCUUAAAUAUAGCGAUGAGACCAGUAGAGAGCAUGCCUUUCCUGCCCCAGGCCUUGCCCACGUCUCCUCCCUGGUAAAGAAUUUCUCAACAGUAUUAAAAGGAUUGAAAUGGAAUCCUUACCAGCAGUUCUUUUUUGGGGUUUGUUUGCUUGUUUUGUUUUGGUUUUGUUUGUUUUUUGUUCUUCUUUUUCCCCUCCCCCUCCUCCCCCCUUUUUUUUUUUUAAAUUAAUAAUAAAUUCAAUCUAAGGCACCGUGGUAACACGCACCGUCAGAGAGCGUAGUAGCAUCUUCCCCUGUUGAUUUGGCUCGUGUGGUUCAAUCUUGAGUUUCACUGGAGCACUUCAUUUAACGUGAGUUUUACCUUUUAGCUGACUGAUGACGAAUUAGAGCAGAUACGUAUUUGCCAGAGGUUUUUCGUUGUUUUUUUUUUAAGGAAGUCAUUAAAAACCAGGUCUAUGUUUUAUCCCCCAAAUAACUUAGAAAAUUAUUUUAAUCUAAACACUAGCGAAGACCCCCUUUGUAUUGUUAAGAGGGCAGAUGGCUAACUGUAACUUGCCAGUCCUUAGGUCCAUUUUUUUGGGCUAGUGUAGAAUCUUUGUCUGUGUUGAUGUUUUUUUUUUUUGUUUUGUUUUGUUUUUGUUUUUGUUUUUUUUUUUUAAUGAGUAAAUGAAUUACAAUGUUGUCAUUUAAAAAAAAAUGCAUUUUGGAUGAAAUAUGCAUUUUACCUUUGGGAAUAUGAUAAUUUCAGGCAGCAUUCCCUAUGGGAAAGGUGAUACCAGCUCUGAUAUGCAAAGCAUAUGAUAACUUAUCAUUCUAACUUCAACAUAUAAUAGGGAUUGUGACCUGAUAUUUGGAGAUGUAAAUAUUACCCAACAUAUUACCCUAAGGGAAUAUAGCAUUGUAGUCAACAUUUUUAAAAAAAACAAACUGUUAUUGUUUGGCGAGAAACAGCCGUGGCUGACAGAAGAGGAGUCGAAAUGUAUGUAAGCAUGGUCUCUGAACAGUCAGACCCCUAUGGGACUCUUACCUAGGAGCAAAAGGAGUGCUUUGAAACUUAAGAAACAUUGCUUUAAGCUGGAAGAUUCUGGAGGCACUGGGUGUGAUUUUUAUGCCCUCUGCCUCCCAAUCAGAACCUGCUGGUGUUACAGCAGGGGACAGACGUGUUAGUUGUUCACUAGAAGUUUUGUCUUAUAUUAAAUUGUAUACAGUUUUUAUUCUAACCACUAACUAGGUAGGAUGCCCCUUCAGGACAAGCAGAGAGCAUCUUUUAAUUUCUCCCCUAUUUCUUAAUCAAGUGUUGUGCAAAUCUGUUCAACUUUGUAAAUAUUUGCAAACAUCAUCAUUUUUACGUUAUUCUUCUAUUGUGUUAACACAUUUCUAUCAAUUUGUGGGAGUUCUGGGGUGAUGGCCUGAACUAUCUAGCCCAGAACUUCUCUACAAAUGGUCACACAUGUUUAAGCUACAUGUGCUUUUUAUUUCUUAACCUGUUUAUCUGUACAUAACGUAGAAAGCAAAGUCUAGGGAAACAGAUAUACUUUUUAGACUAUCAUGUCACAUAUUCACAUUUUUAAAACUUUGUUUAAAAAAAAAAAACAAAAAAAAACCCACCCUAAAACCAAGACUCUACAUUAAAAAAAAAAAAAAAAGAAAAAAAAAUCAUGAGUUGAGAUGUUUUUAUUUUAAUGAAGCUGAAAGCUAUGGAGAUUAGCGUGUGCGCAUUUUCACAGAGUGCUAGCAGGACUGACUAGUCAAAAUGGACUGCUUCCGUUCUACCCUGCCGUGUCAGUACAAGCAGUGAUUGCCAGACUUCUGGGUCAGGUGACAGGUAUCUGUAUCAUUACGUGAAACUGUUCUAGGGGCUUGGACUACAUAGUAAAACAAAAACAACAAAAAAAAAAAAUAGAGCUUAGUGUAAAAUAAUUUUAUAAAUGAUCUUUUGUACUUUAGGACAUCAAAUUGUACAACUUUUGUAUAUAUAAAAGCUUAGGAACUUUCUGUUUAGCAGAAAGGAAACACAUUCCUACACUUUUAAUGUAUAUGUUUGUUAUAAUGUCCAUGUAAACAUAUGCCCUAUGUUUGUGCCUUUUAAUUAGUUUGUCUCAAUAAACAAAAAUGUAGAGAAGAAUAUGUAGCUAUGACUUUGUUACCACUGUUCUUACUCCAGAUGUAUAGACGUCUUCGUUUUUGCACUGUGUAGAGCGUUGCGUGCAGACAGCUGCAUGACUUAGGCUGAUACGGCCAACAUGAGGCAUGUGAGUUGAAUGCACCCCAGCAAAAAAUCUUCCUCCCUUAGUGUAGAGCAGCCCGUGCUGAUGGGCCUUGCAUGUUGGGUUGUGUAGUUUCCAAGCCAUCUCUGUUACCCACCGCAGUGAUACCAUCUUGCACCAGUUUUACGUAGUAGGUAUGGCAUUCUGGAUCUGGGUAAACUGCAGAGAUGACCCUUAGAUGAAGUUUGGGUGUCCCUGAGCUUGAAAAACAAAAGCAUUAAAAGCCAAUGUGAAAAUGUGUACUAGAAGUGGUUAUCUAUGAAUUACUUACAAUAAACAGGUGUGAGACUUAA